UUCGGCUUGAGCAUGACCCUGGCUGGGCAGGGAGCCCGCAGCCGGCUCCAGGGUCAGGUUGAUUGAAGAAGCAAUUGGAUAGGAGGUGGGGAGAGGGAGGGGGUAGGGCCGGGAUCCUGGGGCCUCCCUCCUGCUCCCUCCCUCCUUCCCCAGAGGAGCCAACUUCAAAAGCCUCGUCUGCCCGCCGCCAGCGCUCCCUGCUGCAGCCUGUCCUGAGGCCUCAGCCGCCCCCUGCCCACGGACCCGCGACCCACGGUUAUGUGCCAGGCCCCCUGGCGGGGCUGAGGGAGGGCCUCGCUGUGACAGGCCCAUGGUGACUCCCAGGCCUGCACUCUGGGCGCUCCUGCUGGCUCUGCUGGGGAUGGCGCCCGGCCAGGCAGGGCCCCGUGCCUGCAGCGUCCCUAACGUGCUCCGCCACUACCGAGCGGUCAUCUCGGAGGACCUGCAGGCCGCCGUGAGGCAGGGAGGGCCAGGGGCCGCGUGGACAGGGCCGGACUCCCGACCCCUGCAUUUCAUUCAGAAAAACCUGACUGGAGCUGUGGCCUCUGGCUGGAGGGGUCGGGUGGGAGCUUCCUGCGGUGCCCAGAAGGAGCGCGGAAUCCUACUGUCCAUUGCGUCCCUGGGUCGGACCCUGCGCAGGGUGGUGGCCGGGCGCCGCCGCGGGGCGCUGGAGAGAGCAGCGUGGACCGUGGCCCUGCGCACGGACGCGGUCAUGCGGCGCCACUGCUGGGUGCUGCGCCAGCGGAGCCAGUGGCCCAAGAGGCGCCCUCCCCGGCGGCGGCGCGGCAGCCGGAGGCUCGUGCUGCGCGCCCUGGAUGCCAUCGCCACCUGCUGGGAGAAGCUGUUCGCGCUGCGGGCGGCCACGGAGGGCACCUAGCGUCCUGCGCGCCCACAAGAGCCCGCGGGGCCUGGAACCGGCCUCUCCCUCGGGCUGGCCUGCCGCUAGGUCCCGGCCCCUCCCU